AUGAAUCUGACUUGCCUCCAUGACUGCAUUUCAGUGCAAUUUUAUCCAACAUCGUUGGCCAUCAGAAUGGGAGGAAAAGUAGGAAAGGAGACAAACAGCGAUGAUGGCAUGUCAGCACACAAAACUAUCUACGAUUUUACGGUUAAGGAUGCCAAUGGUGAAGAAGUCUCUUUGAGCAAAUAUAAAGGAAACGUGGUCAUUGUGGUCAAUGUAGCAUCGCAGUGCGGCUUUACAAACAAUCACUACACAGAGCUGAAACAGUUACAAGACAAAUUUUACGAUCAGGGCUUAAGGAUUGCUGCUUUCCCUUGCAACCAGUUUGCUGGUCAGGAGCCUUCAUGCGAAGCUGAUAUCAAAAAAUUUGUCAAGGAGACAUAUGACUACGAGCCAGACCUUUAUGCGAAGGUUAACGUCAAUGGAGACAAAGCCGACCCAUUCUGGACAUUUUUGAAGACAGAGCAAGGGGGCACGCUGAUCGAUGCCAUCAAAUGGAACUUCACCAAGUUUUUAAUCAACCGCAAAGGGCAUGUAGUUAAGAGAUUUGCUCCCACCACCUCUCCUAUGGGAAUGAAGGCAGACAUCGAAUCACUGCUCGAAGAAUCUCCAUGA